AUGACCCAGAAUCAGACUCAGUUUGUCAAACAAACUUCAUUCGAAGUAGAAUAUGCUCCUUCACACAUCACCAAAUGGAGAUCAUCCAGAACUGGAUUACAAAUGACGUACAUCAACCAACCUUCACCUAUUGUCAAUGGGUAUUUUGCAGUUGCCACUGAAAUUGAAAACAGUUCUGGGUGUCCCCACACUUUGGAACAUUUAGUGUUUAUGGGAUCAAAGAAGUAUCCAUACAAAGGGUUAUUGGACAAUUUAGGUAAUCGUUUGUAUUCUUCUACGAAUGCCUGGACUUCGGUCGAUCAAACAGUGUAUACCUUGACAACUGCAGGCUGGGAAGGUUUUAAAACUUUGUUGCCUAUAUACUUGGACCAUUUGUUUAACCCUACAUUGACUGAAGAAGCAUGUUUAACUGAAGUUUACCACAUUGAUGGAAAGGGUAAGGAGAAAGGUGUGGUAUUUAGUGAAAUGCAGGGUAUUGAAAGUCAAUCGUGGUUUGUCUCGUUCCAAAAGAUGCAAGAAACUUUAUAUGCUCCAAAUUCGGGUUACUCCUCGGAAACUGGUGGAUUAAUGAAGGAAUUGCGUCAUUUGACCAAUAAUCAAAUUAAAGAGUUUCAUAAAUCAAUGUAUAGACCAGAUAAUUUAUGUGUGAUCAUCACUGGAUCGGUGGAAGAAAAUGAAUUACUUGAAGUUAUGACUGAAUUUGAUAACGAGUUACCUGAAUUGCCUACCACUCCAAAUAAAAGGCCAUUUGUGGAUUCUCAUCCUCACGAUGAACCUUUGCAAGAAGUCCUAAUUAAGGAAGUCGAGUUUCCAGAAAUUGAUGAAUCUAUGGGUGAACUUUUGAUUUCUUGGAUUGGACCAAAUGGAAAUGAUACAUUGGUGAAUCUGGCCAUCGACAUGAUUGGGGCUUAUUUCACUGAUAGUCCUAUCUCUUUAUUCAAUAAGAAUUUAGUGGAGAUUGAACAUCCGUUGGCUACUGAUAUUGAUUAUACCACUGAUGAUUAUUUCAGGACUGCUAUUAACUUUACCGUGAAUGGUGUACCAACUGCAAAACUUGCUGAAGUAGACACAAAGAUCAAAGACUUGAUUCUUUCGCAAACUAAGCCGGAAAAUAUCGAUAUGAAAUAUCUUAAACAGGUUAUCAAUCAACAAAAAUUGAAAUUUGUAAGUGAUACCGAGAAGUCGCCAUCGUUAUUUUCAAAUAUUGCCAUUUUGGAAUUCAUUUAUGGAAACCCAGAUGGAACCGAUUUGUCUAAAUGGACCAAGGAUUUGCAAGAAUAUGAAACUAUGUUGAAUUGGACUGCUGAACAAUGGAGUGAGUUGGUUAAAACUUACUUUGUUGAUAACAAGUCUGCUACUAUUCUUGGAAAGCCAUCGGCAAAAUUAAAUGACUUGAUCAAGAAACAAAACAAACAGUUAAAUAAGGAGAUUAAGGAGAAGUAUGGUAAAGAAGGAUUACAAAAGCUACAAGAGAAAUUGGAAGCUGCUCAAGCUAAGAAUGAUAUACCUAUUCCUGAAGAAUUAUUAACUAAGUUUUCCAAACCAGAUCCAUCCAAGGUUGAAUUUAUCAAGACUAAAUCGUACAAUGCAGGUUACACCAAGUCUAUCGUUGACAACAACACUAAUCAAUACAUUCAAGAUGACAAGUUUAGUGAAUUGUUAACCAAUGAUACUCCUGCUGACUUUCCAUUAUUCAUUCAUUUGGAAGAUUUCAAAUCUCAGUUCACCACAAUCAAGUUAAUUAUGUCAUCAACCAGAAUCGACCCACAGUUGUUAAGUUACAUGUCUAUAAUGGAAGAAUUGUUCUCGUUAUCUAUUCAACUCCCGGAUGAAUAUAUUCCUUAUGAGAAAGUCAUCUCUGAAAUCAAUAAUGACUUGAUUGAAUUCCAAUUGGAUAACGGAUAUGAAAACCAAUUUUUGGAGUUGAUUGGUGUCAAUAUCAAGUUUGAAUCAACCAAGUACCAAAAGGCGAUUGAUUGGUUAUUGAAAGUUACACGUUAUACCAUUUUCGAAGAAUCUAGAGUCAAGGUUAUAAUUGAGAAAAUUAUCAACUCGCUCCCAGACAAGAAACGUAACGGAGAAUUAAUGAUGUAUUCUUCACAAUAUAGACAUAUGUUUGAACAAACCUCGUUGAGAAAAGCCCAAGAUGCUAUAUUCACUGAACUCUUUUACAAAGACUUGUUGGAGCAAAUUGAUCAAGGAAACUUCGCCAAGAUUCAGCAAGAUUUAAACACACUUAGACAACAAUUGUUUAAAUUGGAUAACAUCAAGGUUUUCAUCUUAGGUAACACUUCCAACUUGAAAUCUCCAGUUAGUGCGUGGACGAAAUUCACCCAAGAAUGUCUUGAACAAGACAAGCAACAUGAUGACUUAUUCACCCCCGAGCCAUUUGCUGAAUUACCCCGUUCAUAUCAAUUCAGAUCUGACAUUGGAGACGCUUGUAAUAAGGAAGCAUAUUUCGUGAACAUCCCAGCAGCGGAAUCCACACAUUUAAUGUCAUUAACCAAGAUCCCCACUAAUUAUCUCGAAGAUGAUAUUUUCAAAAUUGCUCUUGCCAGUGAAUUCUUGACUGCGGUGGAAGGGCCAUUCUGGAGAGGUAUUAGAGGAACUGGAUUGGCCUACGGUGCCAAUAUCCGUCGAGACAUUGAAACUGGGUAUUUGAGUUUUAGUAUCUACCGAGGCUCCGAUGCAAAGCAAGCAUGGUUGACUGCUAAGGAAAUAGUGGAAAAAUAUGCUAGUAAGUCCAUCGAGAUUGAUGAUAUAAGCAUUGAAAAUUGCAUUGCUGUUAUCGUCAAUGAAUGUGCCAAUUCUCAAGAAAACAAUUACGAGGCUGCUAAUUUUAAAAUUACUGAUAAUGUGUUCAAGAGACGUGGUCCAAAUUACUACGAAUUGUUCUUGAAGAAGUUGAACAAGUUGACUGCUGAUGAUAUCGUUUAUGCUUUGAAUAAGUAUUUUGUCAAUUUGUUCAAGCCGGAAACGUCCGUGGUGUUCACUAGUUUACCUCCUGAUAAAGCUCCUGAAUUAGCAGAACAUUUCCAUGAAGUUGGGUUCAAUGUUAAUUUUGAAGAGAUUGCCAGUGAUGACCAUGGUGAAGUUGAGAGUGAAGAAGAAGAAGAAGAAGAACAUACCGAUGAAGAAUCUGAUUGUACUGAUUCCGAAAGUGAAGAAGAUGAUGAAGAUUAA